AUGAUAACAUUAAAAUUUAACCUAGGUGAACAAUGUGUAUCAGCAUUAUGUCGUAUACAAAAACCAUCAAGAAUUUAUCUUGAAAAAUCAAGUCAUAAUCUUUUACAUCGUACGAAUAACACAUGUCCCGGUGAUCAUAAUGAUAAUUUAUGGGUUACAUAUAAUGAUUAUCAACCACCUAAAACACAAAUUGAAUGGGAACAAACAUGUUUCUUAGAUAAAUAUUAUCAUGGUUAUUAUGAAUGGCCAAAAAUAAUUAAAUAUCCAAUGAAUAAACGUGAACGUUACACAAAAGAAACUAUGCCUGAACAUGGUCUUUUUCGAAAUUUUGGUUUGAAUUUAAUUGAUCAUUUUAUGGAACAGUUAAAUAUUUUAAUUCAUGAAAAAACUAAAGAAAAAUACGAAGGUUGUCAUCGAGUAGCAGCUGUGAUUGUUGCUGGAAUGAUUCGAGGUUCGAAACAUUGGACAUUACAAAUGGUUUGUAUUUAA